AUGACAGCAAUGCAGAAACUCUUCAAUAGUAGGCCAAUGGGGUCCGUCCACAAGGCAGCUGUCAGCACGCACUUAGUGCCAGCGCCCGGCGCUGCCAGAAAGCUACUGACAACUCUUAACCCCGUAGUUAAUCAAUUUCAGAAAAGUCGAUGCGAGUCCGAUCGAUGUUUCGGUCGGGUAUUAGAAUGCCUGCGCAGGUUUUCCUCUCCCUUUUUGCUGAGUGUGUCAGCCAUGCCCCCGAUGAAGAAGCAGGUGGUCAAGAAGCAGGGAGGGAAGAGGAAGAAGCAGAUCCUGAAGUUCACGCUGGACUGCACUCACCCUGUGGAAGAUGGCAUCAUGGAUGCUGCGAAUUUCGAGCAGUUCCUGCAUGAGCGCAUCAAGGUGAAUGGCAAGGCUGGAAACCUUGGUGGCGGCGUGGUGUCGAUCGAACGGAGCAAGAGCAAAAUCGCUGUGAACUCCGAGGUUCCCUUCUCAAAGAGAUACCUGAAGUAUCUCACAAAGAAGUAUCUGAAAAAGAACAACCUCAGGGACUGGUUGCGGGUCGUCGCCAACACCAAGGAGAGCUAUGAGCUGCGCUACUUCCAGAUCAACCAGGACGAGGACGAGGAGGACGAAGAUUAAACCCGACACCACUUUUAAUAAAAUGUCCGAACAUGAAA